UUCGGACAUUAUUGCAAUAUAGAGGGCAUACAUAUUUUGCAGAAGCGGAAAACUGCGUAUAACCAGUCAGAAUAAAUUAUAAUUUAACAAAAAAUCCAUCUAUAAAUCCGAACGUUUGUACACUUUUCAAGACAAAAGGAUGAAGUUUUUACGCCAAAGGCAUCAAAGGCAGAAAGUGCUAUCAUUUACUAUUCUAGUAUUCAUUGGUUUUAGUGUAUCACUGCUUUUGCCCUUUCAAACUCAUAAGAGCAAAGAUUCACUGUAUCUCGUUCUGAACCAAAGAGAUGACAUUUCAGCUCGCUGUGAAGACGAUAAAUUUAUCGUAUCACUUGACAGGGAACGAAAUAACGAAAACAAGGAAACCUUAAAUGGAUGUGAGAAUACCGACAAGGAAUUUGAACCUUCAUUAAGAAAAAAUAUGCAAUUUGUGAGUAGAUAUUCAUUCAAUGUUUCGAAAAUGUUAAUGGAACGCCUACAACUAGACAAAAAUGGCAUUGAAUUCUUAGCCAGACCAAACGCGUGUGACGUAUUGCUGCCUACAUUUGUAACGGCUCUGUCAGACAACCAUUAUGAAGAAUUCGUUAGUCUUCAUAAAAACAUAACUAAAUUAAGGAAAACAAAGUAUCCGAGGCUAGUAUUGAUAGUCUAUGACAUAGGUUUAUCUGUCGAUAACGCAAACCGUGUACAAGAAAUAUGUAAUAGUAGUUGCAAUUUUAGAACCUUUCCAUUUAAAAUGUUUCCUAGGCAUGUGCAAAAUUUACGUGGAUAUACAUGGAAGCCAAUCAUUAUUCAAAUAAUGCUUCAGGAGUUUGACUUUGUAAUGUGGAUUGAUACAUCAAUAAGGCUAUUAAAUACUGAUCCCUACUUUUUAAGAGCCAAGUGCAUUGGGAUACAGAUGCUUGGUGGCGAGGGCUCUAUAGCGGUCAGAACACAACAUCGGCUUUUUUACCAUUUCAAGGAAGAUGAGUGCAUGUUCAACUACCCUGAAAUCCAAACUGGGGUUGUGAUUGUAUCUCGAACUUACUUUAUAUUGAAAUACAUCAUGAGGCCAUGGGUUGCUUGUGCUCUUGAAUACGGAUGCAUGGACUUUCCAAACUCGAAAAGGUUUUUGAAUUGUUCGACAAAAUGGGCUCUUUCGAACUGUCACCGGUUCGAACAAUCGACACUCGGAAUAAUUACGACUAGACUUUUCAAUAACAGACGGCACCAGUUUAUUUUGGGAGAAGAUUUUUCAAGAAUUUGUAGGCAUUAUAAUUAAAAAUCGUUCAGGAAAUCUUUUACUCCUAUGAAUCUUUUGUGUUUGUGCUCAAAAAUGUUUAGGUCAUUUUUUUUGUAUUUUUUACAAAGCUUUUUCCUCUUCUUCUAUUUCAAUGUUAAAAUACGAAAUAUAUGCUCGUGAAGUAUAAAACUUUCAAUGGUCGAAAAAAACUACCAUUUAGAGAUAAUGGCAUGCUCAAAAAUAGAGUAAGUUUUUGUGCUUCGGAUUUAAUGGAUUGUAAACCUUUUUAAAAUGCUUUGAAAUGCAAAUCCUUGAAAAUACUCGUACGUUAACUUUAGUGUUUAAAAAGACAAUGGUUUAUAAUUUGAGGUAAAUAAGAUGCAAACUCGCCGUGAGUAACCUUUAAAAUUCAUUUAAAAAAAAAGAGCCAUCAUGAAUUGUAUUUAAGCGCAUCUAUAGCUAUGUAAUGGUGAAGUAAAAGUGUAUCUUAUAAGAUUUUCUUUUAUUAUUAUUUUAUUAUUAUUACAUUAGACAAAUGAAUGAUAGGAUGAACAAUAUGCAGGUAGUGGUUGUCUGUAGAUUUAGAUCCUUUGGCUGUGCAUCUUGUUUAAGUUGUUGGUUAUGAAAGCAGUUUGACAGUACUGCAUUUAAAUUUAUAAGAAAUACCCUACUACUCGCACCUCUCAAUUUUUAAAGAAAUUUCUUUUGAAUAAUAAAAUGGGCUUUGAGAAAACUUGGUCAAAAAUAUU